AUGGGUGAAGAGCCCGGGGUCCGUGUCGGUGCAGGAUGUUAUCUCCAGGAGCAACUGCUUGAAGCUCAGAAGAAGGAGCAUGUUCUACAGAAUCAGCUCUCCCAGCUCACAGAAGAGAACCAGAAACUUCUUGGGCAGUUGGCUGAGCACAAGUCACAGGAAGAUUGUGCUGUGAGAGAGGAGCGGGACCUGAUGCUUCAGCUGAAGAAGGUAGUGGACAUGCAGCGGGACCAGAUUCGUACUCUGACACAUGAAACCAGACAAAAGAACAAGGACACCGAAGUGGUGAGAGACAACUCUUAUGUUCUUCAUGCAAGCAUGACAGGUAUAGAGACAUUCACAUUUUUGCUGUUUAUGAUUUGA